UAAUUUGUUCAUCAUGCAUUUUUUUUACAUGUAUUUGUUAAAACACUGCAGUGAAAUGUUUACCUUGCUUAUUGAAGUUUUUGAUACCUUAAGUUUUGCUCAGGUGGGCAGUGCCUCAUUUGCCUCAUCCUGGUCCCCCCUUGCUUCGGAGAGCACUGGCUGUGCACUGCACACUCAGCUUUCAGAUGAGCCCCCCACCCCUUCCAGCCCCAGGGCUCCCCUAAGCUCCUCCCUUACAGAAUUUGGCCCACAGAACCCCGUGGGUCUCUAUUCCUCCUGCCUGGUGCUGCCACCCCCCCCCCCCCAGCUUUGCUUUGCACCUGCCCCCCCUGGUAUAUAUACCAGGGGGAAUAUAAACGUCCCAGUCUUCAGACUUUGUAAGUAUGGGCUUGUGGGCUCAUUUCACUGGGACAGAAUCCCGCCCUGGAAAGAAUGUAUCUUUAAGAUACGUAUCUUUAACUUGUCUUAAGGUAAUUUAAGUCUGGAUGGGAGGUCUGGCACUUACUAGCUGUGUGACCUUAGGAAAAUUCUAUAAACUCUCUAGACUUUAGCUGCCGCGUCUGUAAAAUGGGGACAUCAAAACUCACCUCUCUGGGCUGCACAGGACGCCUUACUUGAAGGCCGAAGCACCAGCUCUGAAGCCAGGAGCCCAGUGUUAGAUCCCAGCUCGGCGCUCCCUCCGCACCCACCCACCCACCCCCAAGCUGGGUGACCCAGACAGUUACCUGGCCUUCCUGGGUCUCCACUGCCCCACCUGGAACACAUGCCUCCCAGCCUGCGGGGAAUGGGAGCUCCUAAAGCGAGUCCUCGUCCCCCCUGUUGGAAGGGACCGUCAUUGGGAGCUGCUGGCAUUCAUUCCUCCGGAGCCUAGGAGCCUAGUAUCGCGGAGCGUUCGGGAAAAGGGGGUGAGACGUGUGAACCCGGAGCUCUUCCCGGGGGCCGGCUUCAGGCGUGGCAUUUCAGGAACUCGCAAGUGCCGGGCCCUCCCUCCCUCCAGGGUCCGGGCCCGGGGCGGGCGGCGGGCAAGACGCUACCUGCGCGCGUGCCGGGCAUUCCUGCCCCGCCGCGCCGCCGCACCGGGCGCGCCAUGGGCCUGAUGCCGGCCUCGCGGGCCUUCUCCCGGUGCUGCGCCUGCCCGCGGCCGCCCUGCCGCCUGCCCGCCUGCUGCGCGCCCGCGGCCCCAGGAAUUUUUGGGCAGCGCCUGGAGGACACGGUCCACCACGAGCGGAAGUAUGGCCCCCGCCUGGCCCCGCUGCUGGUGGAGCAGUGCGUGGACUUCAUCCGGGAGCGUGGGCUCACUGAGGAGGGGCUCUUCCGCAUGCCGGGCCAGGCCAACCUGGUGAGGGACCUCCAGGAUUCCUUCGACUGUGGGGAGAAGCCACUGUUUGACAGCACAACAGACGUGCACACGGUGGCCUCCCUGUUGAAGCUGUACCUGCGGGAGCUCCCCGAGCCUGUGGUCCCCUUCGCCAGGUACGAGGACUUCCUCAGCUGUGCCCAGCUGCUCACCAAGGACGAGGGGGAGGGGACUCUGGAGUUGGCUAAACAAGUGAGCAGCCUUCCCCUGGCCAAUUACAACCUGCUCAGAUAUAUCUGCAAGUUUCUGGAUGAAGUUCAGUCCCACUCAAAUGUUAACAAGAUGAGUGUCCAGAACCUGGCAACCGUUUUUGGACCUAACAUACUCCGGCCACAGCUGGAAGACCCGGUAACCAUCAUGGAAGGCACGUCCCUGGUCCAGCACCUGAUGACCGUCCUGAUCCGCAAACACAGCCAACUCUUCACCUCGAGGGCCGAGGAGGGGCCAGCCUCCCCACGGGGGGGCCCACCGUGCACAGUGGGGUGGGGCUCCGAGGAGGUCCCAAGGGACGGCCAGCCAGAGCCCGGCAGCCCCGGCACCCCCGGCCUGCCAUCACACAGGACCUCUUCUCUGGACGGGGCCACUGUGGUGGCGCUGUCUAGAACCUCCCCCGUGGGUCCGGGUGGCCGAGGCAGCCCCACCACUGCCACCAGCCCCGGGAAGAAGGUGCAGACUCUGCCCAACUGGAAAUCUUCCUUCUGGCAGCCGGGGGCCCGGUCAGGGAGCCCGAAGGUGGGCAGCUCCUCCCUGGAGGUGCCCAUCAUCUCCUCCGGAGGGAACUGGCUCAUGAACGGGCUGUCCUCCCUGCGCGGCCACCGCCGGGCCUCCUCGGGAGAACGGCUCAAGGAUGCUGGCUCUGCGCAGAGACUCUCCACCUACGACAACGUGCCCCCGCCCAGCGGCCUCUUUCCCAGCACUCCCAGUGUGGCCAGCACGGCGUGGUCGGGGGCCUCCUCCUGCGAGGCGUCGGCGGGGGGCUCGCUCAGCAGCUGCACAGCCUGCCGGGCCAGCGACUCGUCCGCCUGCAGCUCCCUGCCCACCGAGGGGGGCCUCGAACCCUCCCCUUUCCCCAGCAGCAGCGAGGACCGCAGAUCCCCGGACCUGGGCCGUGGCCCAGACGAGGUGGGCACCUGCAUCAGCAGCAGCGAGCCCAGUGACCCAGGCAGCCCCAGCCAGGACUAUGCCCGCUGCUCCGAGGCUCUCCAGGGCCUGGUCACAGAGCUCAGGGCGGAGCUGUGCCGGCAGAGGACUGAGUACGAGAUGAGUAUGAAAAGACUCGAAGAAGGUAGUGCCACUCUGAGGAAGCGAAUGUCGCAGCUGGAAGAAGAACUGGACCAGGAAAAGAAAAAGUACACGAUGCUGGAAAUAAAGCUGAGGAACUCGGAGCGGGCCCGGGAAGAUGCGGAGAAGAGGAACCAGCUGCUGCAGAAGGAAAUGGAGGAGUUCUUCUCAACCCUGGGAAGCCUGACCGUUGGGGCAAAAGGGGACAAGGCCCCCAAGUGAGGGAGGGGGAAGAGCUCCCUUCUGCAGCAGUGCUCGCCCCUGAGCAGAGACGGCCGCCGGCCUCGUGAGGAGCCACGAGGCCCUGCAGCUUGGACCUGGGCCUCCGUGGUGCCAGGAGCUCCAGAGCCAGCUGGAGGGAGGAGUGCUGACACCCCCAGGGGGACUGUCGGGAGCCCAAGCCCCACGUGGGAUCUGGAUGCUGCUCCGACGGUGCGGGGCCUGGCAGGUGUCAGAGACGGCAGCCCCGUGACCCACCGAAACAGAUGGCACCUGGGGUCUGAGCAGCCCACAGGGAACAUUUUGCAUUCUUUAUUAAAUCUGCUGUCCUAG